AUGUUUGGCCGUGGUGGAGGAGUACGUGGUCGUAGUAUGAUUCGAAGAGGCGGCGAUUCUUCUGCUUCUACAGGAAAUCGCGAAGAAAACGCUCCGAAAGAAGGUGUGUUAAUUUAGUUUUGAAACUUAAAAUAUAAAUUUUAAAUAUAAUUGCUUUAGAUUGUUUAUUUUAAUAAAACUGCUAUAACAGAUGUUAUUCUCAAUUUUUAGGUGAAACUGCCCCUUUGGAACGUCCCCAAAGUGAAGGUUUUGGCAAAGAAUCCGGUAAGAGUUCAAGUUUGAUGUAAUGCAGGUUCUAGUAUAAUAAAAUCUUAAUUAGGUUGUUCUUUGUAUAAGUUUAUUUAAUGAAAAUAGUUUUGGAGCUUUUAAUUUUCUUCUAUGUGUAGUCUAUGUAGUUUGGUUAGCUGGAGGUAUUAAUUAUGUUGUUGUGUGUAUAAGCUUUAAUUAAUGUUGAUGAAAAUAGCCCUAAACUGUUAUUUGCGUUUUUGUUAAUGUUAAUAUUUUAGGUAGCUUUGGUGGAAACACAGGAGGAUUUCCGAAUACGCCUGCUUUUGGGAAACUUGGAGAUUCAGUAAAGUCAGGUUUUAGAGAUUUGUCGAAACCAACAGGUUUGUAUAUUUAUAUUUUAGGGUUAGAACCGAUUAAUUGCGUUACAUUGUUAAAACAGUUUAAAUUUGAAAAUUUAUGGUUUAGUAACUGGCAUUUCUUUAUAUUGUUUGUCUUUUUCCGUUUUUACAAUUUUUUAGUUUAAAUUAUGAAUUUAGGCAGUACGUUUUGUGACGUUUGACAAAUUUAGGUGACUCUAAUCCAGGGGGUGGUUUUGGGAAGGCUACCGGUGGAUUUGCUCGUGGCGGUGGUCGAGGUGGACAGAGUGAUCGAAGGAAUGGCAAUGGGUGUGAAACUUCUUCUAGUGGAAAUGAUGGCAGUACCUUUGCUACAAAGGGAAGUGCGUAACUUUGAUUUUUUAAAGCAAAUUAUCUUUAUCUUGUUUUAAAUAGCGAUCUACUUUUGGUAUUCUUAUUUUCACUAAUAUUGUUUUGUAGAUUCCACUGCUCUAGAACAACCUCAAGGAUUUGGCCAAGGAUUCGGUAAGAGUUGAGGUAUUUUGUAAAAUGUUUAUAGGUUCUGGGUCAUUGGGUCAAUCUAAAGGCGACAAAUUUGGAAAAGGUUUCGGUAAGAAUUGUCAUGAUUUGCAUUUUAACACAUGUUUGUGCAGGAGAUUUUAAGGUCGACGAAUUUGAAAAUGGCGAAAAGAUUGGUCUGAACUUCAAGAAGGGCGAUCUGAAGGUUGGCGAAGACAACGAACCAAAGGCUAUUCCGUUUAUCCCUGAGAAUCGAACCAUCGACGACAUCUUCGAGGAGGACAGAAGUGUUCAAGAAAAGUAUCAGACGAUCUUCGACGACGACGAAGAUAUUUUCAUUGAAAAUUACGGCGAAACUCUAUGCUUACUCGAGUCAGUUGCUUUGACUUUUUGUUAAAAUUUUAAUAUUUUUAACACAACCUAAUUGAUAUCUUGUUCUUUAGAAAGUGGGACGAUUAUGCUUUGGACAAGACGCUCAAGGAGAACAUUCGGAAUUGUGGCUACAUUAUGCCGAGGAAGAUUCAAAGGUUUACGAUUCCACUUAUUUUAGAAGGUUUGUUGUGUCGCUUUAUAAUUUAAAUAAUAUUUUUUGAAAGUUUGUGUUUGAAUCUGUUUUGACUCUAUAUUUUCAUUUUUUAGGCUAUGACAUGAAAGCACAAGCUGAAACAGGUAGUGGAAAGUCGGCCGCCUUUCUGAUUCCGAUCAUCCACUACUUGGCGGACCUGGGAACCGAAGGUCGGGCCAAGGAUCGUGCCAACAACCAGCCGUUCGUCUUAAUUCUGGAGCCGACUCGAGAGUUGGCAGUUCAACUCUACGAACAGGCCAGGAAGCUGGCUCACAACACCGGAAUUUCGUGUUGUCGCGCUUACGGACAGUUCAAGAUGCUGGCUAAUGCCGAAGAGAUCAUGCAAGGAUGUAACAUCUGUGUCGCGACUCCAGGAAGGCUGAAGCACUUCUUGCAGGAAGGCAUCAUCUGUCCCAGAAUGCUCAAGUUCUUCGUUUUGGACGAGGCCGAUCGUUUGUUGAGCGACGAUUUCCCAGAAGAAUUGGAAGACAUGUUCAAGAUCCCCACUUUUCCACCAGUAAGUUUACAAUUUUCAAAACGUGUCUUGUCUCUAAGCUUGAAGUGAGAUUUCUUUUUGUAAAAAGGAUUGAUUAAUUACAUUUGUUUAUUUGCCUUAAAUAUAUUAGGUGUAAGUCGUAUCGUUUUUGAUUUUUAGGUAGAUAAACGUCAAAACUUGUUGUUUUCUGCCACUUUUAACAAUGAGGUUGAAGAAAUGGCCAAGAAGGUGUUAAAACCGACCGCUUUGUUUGUCCAUUGUAAGACCUUGGUAGCCCCGAAUCAUCGAGUUGGCCAAUACUUCAUGGAAGUCGACCGGUACGAUAAGAAAGAGAAAGCCAUGGAAGUGAUUGUACAGUACGUGGAAGAAUAUAGAGGUAGGGUCUUAAUUUAGCUACAGGUUGGCUUUAUUGCAUUUUGUACUGUUUUAGUUUAAAAUACGCAUGAAUUGUCUAAACUUGACACAAUUGCUAACGACUUGAUUGAAGGUAUUCAUGGUGAAGAUGCUCCACAUCCACGGAUUCUGUUAUUCGUUCAACAGAAGCGUGCGUCAGAUAUCCUAGCGCUAUAUUUGGCGAAUAAAGAUUUUGUCGUUUUGUCUUUGAACGGCGAUCGUCCUCAACAAUGUCGCGAACACGCUUUAAGGGAGUUUCGAGCACGACAAACACCCAUCUUGGUGACAACUGAUGUUUGUGCGAGAGGAAUCGACAUCAAGGAUCUGGACUUUGUAAGUUGGCUGCUUCUUUUGAAUGUUUUUGAACUUUUAGGUAACAAUAGUUGAUUUAAAAUAUUUGAAAUUACAUAUACUUACAUACUUUUGUUUGUUUUAAUCCUGCGGUUCCAUUUUUAUGUUUUUGCUUAUUUCAGGUAGUAAACGUUGAUCUUCCAAAAGACAUUGUGACAUACGUUCAUCGCAUUGGACGUACUGGAAGAUUGCAGCACGGGAAAUCAGUCAGUUUCUUUGACCCACAAGACAACAAUGAUAUUGAAUUGGCUGCUCAGUUAGUCAAGGUAGGUUUAUUUUUUUAAUGGUUCUCGAAUUAUCGUUCAUUUAGUAUAAUUUUGGUCGUAUAUUAUGUCACGUUUUAUAUUUUUGUAUCAUAUUUUAGGAUAGUGUUUUUUAAUUGAAGGUUUAUUUUUCACUAAUUCUUCAGCUCUUGCAAGGUCAAGGUCGCACUCCGCCAGACUUUCUCAUGAAGCACCAAAACGACCUUUCGUCCAAGUUUGCCGAAGGAUUCACGUUCCAAGAAACAGUUCCAGAUGCGGACGAGGACGACUACAACUUUUAA